AUGGCAAUAAGAGCCUCUGGAGAAAUUGCUGAGACUCUAGCCGAGUCUCUGAUCUCUGGAUGGGAUAUCACAUGCGCCCACCAUCUUACGGGUCGAGCUUUUCCGGACUUCGGGGACCCAGUCCGUACGGUCCGCAGGAAUGCGGGUGAAAAUGGGAUAGUCUGUCUGUCUGGGCUGGGUGGGAUGGGGAGGAACGCCCCUCUCCCCCCCGAUUGUAUCGAUUGUUAUCCCUUGUGCUUCCUCGUCGUUGCCGAGUAUGCAUUCAUUCAUUUGGCUGUGGCUCAUAUUGCCGAGCAGAUGUCAAGCAUGAUUGUCAAUCAGCUGCAGCGUCGUCUGCAGUACUUAUGUCAAGCUGUAGUGCUACUUUGCACCCGGCUAAUUAGACGCGAGCAAGAUGGUGUCGACAGACUGACCACAGCAGUCAUGACGAGCGAGCACAUGGUUCAAAAAAUCAUCUGCAGGUCAUCGGGCGCAAUAAGCAAAAGGAAAAGAGGGAUUCUUGCUGGAGCAACAGCUGAUCGAUCGACCAAAUCCGCGUAG